AUGUUGCUUACNACUCGAUGGUCUGGAAGAUUGACUUCUCUAGAUUUAGAUGAAGCCAAAACUGUUUUGAACCAAGCUUAUAAUAAAGUUUCAGAAAGUAGAUCAAAAUUUACUGAAAUAAAAGGUGAGGCUGCAGAAAUUGCAAGAACUUGGAAUGUUCCCCUUGAGUUUCAAAAGAAACGACAGCCUAAAGUGAAACACCAUUUUGAUGAAUUGGCGAAAAAUUAUCACUUUUCUUCAAGAGAAGAUAUGUUUAGAGUUGGAAUAUUUAAUGUUGUCAUAGAUACUAUUUCACAUCAACUACAUGAAAGAUUUAAAAGCAUGGAAAAAUUAAGAAAUUAUUUUGGAUUUCUGGAUCCACAAAGAUUAUCAACGUUAAAAGACAAAGAUAUUUUAAAAGAAUGUGAAAAAUUACAAAAGAAGUAUUCAACUUUUUUAACUGAACAAUUUUCAUUGCAAUUUAUUCAUGUUCAUUCGCUUUUAAAAGACAAGUUAAAAGAAUUGCAAAGUGUAAAAGAUUUUGCUAACUUAGUAAUGACCAAAUAUAAUUGCUUAGAAACUGAUAUAUCGGAUGUAUUUUCUGUUUUUAUAUUGUUCUUCACACUCCCUGUAACAGUUGCUUCUGUAGAAAGAUCAUUUAGCAAGUUAAAAAUAAUAAAGGACUAUAGAAGAAAUAGUAUGGGACAAUCGCGGCUGAAUGAUCUUUCUAUAUUAGCAAUUGAAAGCAGUGAGGCUAAGAAAAUGGAUUUAAAAAAUUUAAUAAGUAUAUUUGCAGCGAUGAAAUCUAGAAGAAAACAACUUUUGUAA